AGCAUCCUGCCGCAGCCUCACCAGCCUCGCCUCUUCCUCUCGCUCUCUCUCUCUCACACUCACUCCGCAGCGGCUGCUUUUCUAUAAACAAGCAUCACAGAACCGCACAGGACCGGGACCGGAACGGACCGGUGCACAGGAACACCAUGACAGAAACCACCAAAACCCACGUUAUCCUACUGUCCUGCGGCAGCUUCAACCCCAUCACCAAAGGACACAUCCAUAUGUUCGAAAAAGCCAGAGAAUAUCUGCACAAAACAGGGCGUUUCAUUGUGAUUGGAGGCAUCAUUUCACCAGUGCACGACUCCUACGGGAAAUCUGGUCUCGUGUCUAGCAGACAUCGUCUCACCAUGUGUCAGCUGGCCGUGCAGAAUUCUGACUGGAUCAGGGUGGACCCCUGGGAGUGUUACCAGGACACCUGGCAGACCACCUGCAGCGUGCUGGAGCAUCACCGUGACCUGAUGAAGAGAGUCACCGGCUGCAUUCUGUCCAAUGUCAACACGCCAUCAACCACUCCUGUGAUUGGUCAGCCACAGAACCAGACCACGUCCAUCUACCAGAACCACAACAACAUGAAUCACAAGCCCACGGCCAUCAAAGUGUGGGGGAAGAUCAGCGAGAGUUUGGGCAAAAUCUGCUGCGUACGUCCACAUAUGGAGCGCUUCACCUUCGUCGAUGAAAAUGCCAACCUGGGGACUGCGAUGAGAUACGAGGAGAUCGAGUUACGCAUCUUGCUCCUGUGUGGAAGUGAUCUCCUGGAGUCCUUCUGCAUCCCUGGCCUGUGGAAGGACAGUGAUAUGGAGGUGAUUGUGGGGGAUUUUGGGAUUGUGGUGGUUCCUCGUGACGGCGCUGACACAGAGAGGAUCAUUAAUCACUCUUCUGUUCUGCGCAAGUUCAAGGACAACAUCAUUGUGGUGAAGGAUGCAAUAAGCCACCCGAUGUCCAUCGUCAGCUCAACCAAGAGCAGACUGGCGCUGCAGCACGGUGACGGCCACGUCGUGGACUACCUGAGUCAGCCCGUCAUCGACUACAUCCUGCAGAGUCAGCUGUACAUCAAUGCCUCAGGAUAGAGACGACAACCUAAAAACAGGGAGACUGGAGGAGGGGGCUGGGGGGUCCUACCUACAACCAUCAUCUAUAUAAAACACAGCCCUCCCUCCUCCUAAAGCUAAAACUUGUCUGUCUUCUGUGUCAAACAUAUACUCUUCUUUGAGCUGUUGCUUUCCAACAGGAGCGUUAGUGUCCCUCCUUCUGUCUGUGUCAUGUGACUUUACAUCAGGGGAGGGGGAGGGGGGUAGGUCUUGUAUGGGGGUAAUUCCUCAGGGCUGUAGCAGUGACGGCGGUGUUUUCUCUUUCUAAUUCUUCAUUAAGGUCUGCAAAUGCAUGACACAUCCGGGCAUGCUCAGUGUGCGCAGCAUCGGGCCAGUGUUACUGGGCUUCAUGCAAGAACCAGUCACUGAGUUUCUGAUGCACAGGUAACCAGGCCCAAUCUGAAAUCAGGUGCGCUUGAAUAGACAGACACCAGCAGCAGGAUAAUCCCCAUGACUUAAUUUGGUUCAUUAACAGGGAAUUUAAGCCCUACUUCAGCACAAUAAACACUGUCAUGAAUAAAAGUUAGAACCACUAAAGAGGACCAGCUGAUGUUCCAGCUGUUUGGAAGUUAUUUCCGGCAGGUUCUCCAGACAUGCCAGAAAUAACUUCAGGAAACAAAAAGCAUGCAGAGCACCGAGUGUUUGCACUUUUUAACAGUAUCUCCUCUGUUAGCACAAUGUAGCUGCAGUAGGUAACGUUGAGCCCUGUUUCCAGUAAGCUGGUGUUGCUUUGUUGUGAAAGGCCAUCCAAAAAUCUGCUGGUGUCUCAGCUACACUCACAUGCUGUCAUCAAGGAUAAAAGCUGCUGUUUGCCAUAAGGAGGCAGCCUCCAGGGUGGGAGCCGUGCAGUGUGAAAGAAUCCGCUUUGGAGCUUCAUUCUUCCUUCAACAC